GCUAGGGGUCAGGAGGACUUAUGAGAGAGGAGGGUGAGUCGUUAUCCAUCUUUGGAGGCCGGGCCUCACAGAGGGAAAGGGAGGCAGAGGCAGCAGCCAGAGCCGCAAGCAUAGCUGCCCAGGUGGCCCUCCUUCAGGUCCCGGAAGCCAAUACUGACCGGUUCCAGGAGAGGUUAGUUGUUGUCGUAGCAGCCUUGGUUCGACUGCGGAGCUUAGAAGACCUUGAGUCCCGUGUAACAGCACUGGAGCAGCGGAAUGCAGGCUGAGAUAAUCAGCCUCAAACAGUCUCAAUUGUCUGCCCCCCGCCCUCCUAACCCUCGACCUGCUGAAGUCCCAGUCUCUCAAUCUAACACAGUCCUCAUGGCAAGAGCAAGUGGAACUGUGACGAGCGCAGGAAUCGGUGCCAGCUCCUCAAGCGGCAGCGCCAGCAGUUCUGCACUAGUCAUAGUCCCAAAUGCAGGGAUAUCAGCCCAAAACGCCACAGUCCUUACUGGCGUACAGUACAGCGGUCCAGUAGUGGACAAGCGGGCAGCCACUUUGCCGUCCAAGUACGACGGGAAAGCGGAUAUCACCUCUUGGAUUAGUUCCAUGCGCUCAUACUUCGAGGUCAUGCGGACAGCGCAGGAGGACCGAAGCAUGAUCAUGGGCACUAAUACUGAGCCCGCCGUACGGAAUCACAUUGAGCUCCAAGCUGUAGCUGCAGGUUAUGAAAGAAUUGACCUGACUGAGUGGCUGAAGGUAACCCAUGUACGCGCCCUUGAGGACCUUCUCAUCACACGGUACCAAGAUAAGCAUGUUGCGCUCAAGGCUAGGCUGAAGCUUGAGGCCCUCAAUGGCCAAACAUGGAGGUCCUCCAUGCAGGCUUUGGAACAGCACUUGACUGGUUUGUUCACCACUCUAGACCUGGGAAUGACCGACGUGUCUUGUAUGGAUGUAGUCAUGGGAGUGGCCCCUAAAGAAUACCUCUCCCUACGAGGACUCAAAGACCAUACCACUUGGCGAGAGCUCAUGACAGAUCUAGUCAACCUAGAGGCCAAGGACCUCGCCAGGCGUAAGAAGGCGCCCGCUGCAGAUGGAAAACCACAACGCAAGCGGUAUGGAAGCAGCAACCAGCUUGCCCUGCAUGAACAUCGGGAGGCUGAAGAUCAGUCCUAUGCGGAUGAUCUGUCUCUAGAUGACGAUCUAGAGCCGGACUUCGAUAUGGGCUGUUCCACAUCAGCCAUUGAGUCUGACACUUCAGGGAAACAGGCAAAGGGCGUAGAGGAGUCAUCAGCACUCCCCACAACAAGGGAAGCUGGAACAUCAGUUGCAGGCCCCUCCGAUGAGCCUGAAUCUGAUCGACAACCUACUCUUGAAGCCCGGAACGAUGCUGAAUCCAAGGCUGCUGUAGUUCAUGUGUUAGACACUGAGCCUUGGGAGGAGUCGAAGGAAGUUGACUUCCACGCUCACCUGGAACAUUGGCUGCAGCUCAAGCAGCAACGCCGUGUUCAAGGGAGUGUGAAGCUAACCUUCUUUAAACUGCUAAUUAACCGUCGAUACAUCCGCGUGCUGAUCGAUAGUAGUUCAACCACUAAUUUCUUUUCUCCUAACGGGAUUCGUAAGGCGGGUUUGGGAAUGAAGCAAGUGGAACUGCAGAACCCUUGUCAGACCCAGGUGGGCAACCAAGAGGUUGUCACCUCCACACAUGUUGUCAAAGGUGUGCGCGUCACCUUUGACAAGGACCGCACUGUCACACAUGAGCUCAACUUUUAUGUCAUGGACAACUGUCCGUUCGACGCGGUCAUUGGCUUGGGCUGCUUAAAGGCUCAUUGCCUAAGGACCACGUGGGCGGACAAUCAGUUCGUGGUGCAUGAUGCCAAGGGGAACGAGCGUACCGUCUUAUUGGAUGAGACGCGCGAGUCUCCUGUGACUCUUCUAAGUGCAAACAAAUUCUGCAAAUCAGUGCGCAGGCGCAAGGAAGUUGAGCAUGUACAUGUAGCUUUUGUAAAGCCUCUCCAUGUGCCUUCUACUUUUGCUGCAUUUUCUACCUCGGUAAGUAACUCUACUUCGACCACCUAUACUUCUAAUCCAUCUACUUCUACUGUAAAUAAUCCCUCUACUUCUGGUCCAAGCACUUCUAAUCCGGUUGUAAUUGUUGUAAAUUCUCAAUCUAAUUUUCUUUCUCCUGAUGAGGAUGAUCCUCCACCAGAAGUCCCAACAAACAUUCGCCAGCUAUUAGAUCGAUUCCCUGAAGUUUUGGCCGAACCUCGUGGAGUUCCCGAGCGUCCGGUCAAACACAAGAUCGAGAUAAUAGAAGGGAGUGUUCCUCCAAAGGGCUGCGUCUACCGUAUGGGACAAGGCGAGUUGGAGGAGUUGAGGAGGCAGAUUGAUGACAUGAUCGAUCGUGGAUGGAUUAGGCCUAGUGAGUCUGACUUCGGUGCACCUAUCCUGUUUGUGCCAAAGAAAGGAGGCAAACUCCGGAUGUGCAUUGACUAUCGUGGACUAAACCGUACCACCCGAAAGAGCGUGUAUCCCUUGCCUCGUAUAGAUGAUUUGCUAGAUGUUGCAGGUGGGUGCAAGGUCUUCUCCAAGAUCGACCUCAAGUCUGGCUACCACCAGAUUGAAGUUGAUCCGAGUGACCAGCACAAAACUGCAUUCAAAACACGCGAUGGGCUGUACGAAUUCAUCGUUAUGCCCUUCGGUCUUACGAAUGCGCCAGCCACAUUUCAGUGCCUCAUGGACAAGGUACUCUGCCAUCACCUCAACAGGUUUGUGGUUGUGUACCUUGACGAUAUCCUGAUUUUCAGCAAGUCCAUGGAAGAGCACGUCAAGCACCUUGAGGAGGUCUUGCAAGUCCUCAAGGCGGCACAGUUGCACCUCAACUUAGAGAAAUCUGAGUUUGGAAGGGACAACGUCAUCUAUCUUGGGCACCGGUUGUCUGCAAACGGCCUUGAGCCGGAGGCAACCAAGGUUGAGGUCAUCCGAAAGUGGCCUCAACCAGCGAACGUACGCGAACUGCAUUCUUUUCUUGGUUUGGCCUCCUACUACCAGAAGUUUGUGCCCAAAUUUUCUGUCAUUGCUCACCCACUCUCAAGACUAACCAGUAAGAAUGCUGCCUAUGCGUGGUGUGAGAAAUGUGAGAUUGCGUUCCAAGCCUUGAAAGAGGCAUUGGUGAGUCAUCCUGUGCUCCGCAUUGCGGAUCCCAACCUCACAUUCGUAGUCACUACGGACGCGAGCCAGUUUGGGAUUGGUGCAGUGCUGCAACAAGACGAUGGUGAUGGCCUGCGUCUGCUCGAAUACUACAACAACUGCAUGCCCAACCACAAGGUAGCUACCUCCACAUACAUGUGUGAGCUCUACGCCCUGCGCGAGGCGCUCACACAUUGGAAGCAUUACCUCUUGGGUCGUCACUUCAAGGUCUACUCGGAUCAUCAGACCUUGGAGUGGAUUAAGACACAAACUGAUCUCUUUCCGACACUGACUUGCUGGUUGCAUGACAUUGAUGUGUACGAUUUUGAGUUGAAACAUAAGAAAGGCUGUUAUAAUCGUGUUGCUGAUGCUUUGUAGCGCCAUCCUGAAUUCUUGACUUGCCUUGUGGGUUCGUAUGACCUCCGAAGGAAACUGAAGGAGGAUCUAGUCGAACACACCGCCAAGGAUCUGGACCUUAGCCCCAUCCUUUAG